CGGCAAUGCAUUGUGGGAACUCCCCUCAGAUCCAAGAUGGCGGCCAGCAGGAGGCUGAUGAAGGAGCUUGAAGAGAUCCGCAAAUCUGGGCUGAAAAGUUUCCGCAAUAUACAUGUUGACGAAGCCAAUUUACUGACCUGGCAGGGGCUCAUAGUUCCAGACAAUCCUCCAUAUGACAAAGGAGCAUUUCGGAUUGAAAUCAACUUUCCUGCAGAGUAUCCAUUCAAGCCUCCCAAGAUAACCUUCAAAACCAAAAUCUACCACCCGAACAUUGAUGAGAAAGGCCAGGUAUGCCUGCCGGUGAUCAGUGCUGAAAACUGGAAACCAGCAACUAAAACUGACCAAGUCAUCCAGUCUCUCAUUGCCCUGGUCAACGAUCCCCAGCCAGAGCACCCACUGCGUGCAGAUCUAGCGGAAGAAUACUCAAAGGACCGUAAAAAAUUCUGUAAGAAUGCUGAAGAGUUUACAAAGAAAUACGGAGAGAAGCGACCUGUGGACUAGACAUUGAGGCCUUGCGCCAGAGGAAAACGCACACAAUAUACAAACACAAAUUCAAAAAGCGCAACUGAAGAAUUGGAGUCAGCGAGUUCAGAAUCCCCUCCUUCACCUUUACCCUGAAAAUACACAAGAGGCAGGACUCCGCGGGAACACGGAUAAGAGGCGCAGCGUCAACCCACGGCUUUUGCUAAACUCUAUUUAAAACUGUUAGAGGAGGAUUUAAAAUGUGUGAAUUGGGAGUGCAGUUCUGCUCUCUGUGUAAAAAAAAGUCACUCUUUUCCAUUCUUAAUUGCAGAAAAUGUUUUUCUUUUCAUCUGCCAUUCUGAAAUAAAUUACACACAACUCAAUGAUUUAUUUUCCAAUAGGGUUAAACUGUAGCAUCGCUUAGUGUCUUUCUUUUUUUCUUUUAGUACUAUUCUUGUCAUCUAAUUUUGAACACUCCCAGGCGAAGGUCCUUUAUCUGUUAGGUUUUAGUCUGCUGUCACUACCCCUUCCAUUAGCAGUCUUCUCUGUGUCAGAUUUGUCUUCUGACAUUGGCGGGAUUACAUAACCAUGGCCCAUAAAACCCACCAAAGGGAGGGGGAUUGUCGAACAUUUGGCUCUUAGUUUUCCUUUCAGUGUUGCACUGUGCUUUGUGGGACUUGGUAAAUUCUCCUUCAGUUUGUAACAUAAGAAUAUUAAAGAAAAAACAAAAAAAAUUUAAACUGUUGGAAAUGAGCCCGUUCUUCUGUAAUUCUGCCGGAUGUUGAGAUUAUGUUUAUUAAAGGGGUAAACCAA